UGCGUUUAGUCGAUAUCCGCCGUGAGUCUGGACUCUCACAUGUGUCUGAUACUACCAUUUGGAAGGCCUUAAGGGAGUGGGGUAUAAAAGCAUACAGAGAAGAGUUUAAAUUUAUUCUCAAGUCUGAAAACAAGCUUCAGAGGCUAACCUACUGUGAGGAAAGAAAAGACUGGACUCUGAAUGAGUGGAGAAACUACGGUUUUAUGGACGAAAUGUCUAUUGAGAUCGGUAGUCUGUUUGGCUUAAAUCUUAUAUGGUGAGAUAUUACAGAGCGCUGGCAUGAGGACUGUGUCGGCGCAAUGAAGAAGCAAGGUAUAUCUGUCAUGUGUUGGGGGAUGAUAGGAUGGGGUUGGAAGGGGCCUUUUCAUGUUUGGGAGAUGGAGACUAAGCAAGAAAGAGAGGAGGCCGCUACUGCUAUCGCAAUUUUAGAAGCAAAAAGAGUGGCCGAGGAAAAUGAGCUUAAUACUCUGUGGAAGGCUUCUGAUGAAUGGAAAGAGCUGAAGCUCACAGAG